CCUUAUGGACCCCAGAUAAAAACCCUAUAGCCUACUUCGAAUGAGUUUAAUCUUAACUGGAACUCGUUUAAUCGCAAAUUUUCGCUGGACAUCCAAUUCUAUCUUAGUGUAUUUUUAUCUUUCAUUUUUUUUUUUUCGCGGCUAAAAUACUGUAAACAUUGCGUUGACCGACAGAAGACAUGCUGAAGUGUUUGCACGCAAAACGCACCGCGCGCGCACAAUUCUCACGCGCGCGCUCUUCUCGUGCGCGCAUGAUGAGGAUAAAGGGUUAAAUCAGGCUACAGCACUUUCAAAGACAGGCAGGUGUCCCAGUACCAACCCAACUCUGGGGCAGAUGUUUUUAAUCCUCUCUCUAGAACCAAAGAGUAAUUCAUAACUGUCAUUGGCGCGUGAGGGCGAGUUUUGCGGUCAGGGAAAUAGCCUUUGUUGCUCAAGAAGUGAAAACUAGAGUAUAAAUACAGAGAUCUAAACUCACGUCCCACACACAGUCCUCAGAAUUUCUGGGAGACUUUUUUUUCUUUCUCUUGCUGCUUGGAAUCUCGAGGCGCUCAGUUUGGCUCAGCUGUUUCAAUAAAAUUAGGUUAGUUCAAACAGUUCCUCCUUUCUGUCCUCCAGCAUGUGGUGGAUGCUGUUUCCUCGCUGGAUCUGGUUCGUGGCGGGGCAGUUUUUGCUCCUGUUUGUGGACAGGCAAUGCGUGAAAGGCAUGACUUUACAAAGAGUUGCGUAUUCCCACGCAGGGAUUUGUCCAAACGACAUGAAUCCAAAUUUGUGGGUUGAUGCAAUGAGCACCUGCACGCGAGAAUGUGAAUCUGAUCAGGAAUGUGAAACAUUUGAAAAGUGCUGCGCCAAUGUUUGUGGUAAUCAAAGCUGUGUGGCAGCCCGCUACAUUGAUGCCACUGGAAAAAAAGGCCCCAUGGGUAUGCCUAAGGAAGCUACAUGCGACAAGUUCAUGUGUAAUCAGCAAGGCUCUCAGUGUGACAUCUGGGAUGGCCAGCCUGUGUGCAAGUGCCGUGACCGCUGUGAGAGGGAGCCCCAAUUCACCUGCGCGUCUGACGGCAUGACCUAUUACAACAAGUGCUACAUGGAUGCGGAAGCAUGCUCCAAGGGAAUCUCCCUGUCUGUAGUAACAUGCAGGUUUCACCUCACCUGGCCCAACACUAGCCCACCUCAACCUGCAGGCACCACCGCCCUCCCCACCACCGCCCUGCAGCACACCACCCCGUUAGACGUGCAUGCCCCUGUGAUGGUGGGAAGCCCCUUGCAACAGUCUGUUUUUGUUGGCGAUACAGCCAGCUUCCUUUGUGAAGUUGCUGGCCGGCCAAAGCCUGAGAUAACCUGGGAGAAGCAGCUGGAGGGGCAAGACAACGUGGUCAUGAAACCCAACCACGUACAUGGAAAUGUGGUCGUCACCAACAUUGGCCAGCUGGUUAUCUACAACGCCCAACAGCUAGAUGCAGGGAUCUAUACCUGCACGGCCACCAACACAGGUGGCUCUGUCCAAGCCCAUUUUCCACUGUCUGUGGUCCAGAGAGAGCCAGUCAUAAAAGAGGAGCAGACUAACAGCACAGGUUUCCCAGCCGAGGAGUGCUCGAAAGUGCCUGACAGCGAUGACUGUGGGGAAGAAAAGCUGAAUUGGUUUUAUGACCCUCAGAGAAACAACUGCUACACUUUCACUUAUGGUAACUGCAACAAAAACCAAAAUCACUUUGACACGUACGAGACAUGCAUGUUGUCUUGCCGGGAAGAACUCGCUGCACCCUGUCAACUUUCAAGCGACCAGGGACCUUGCAAGGCAUACGAACCACGAUGGGCCUACAGUGCAUCCCUGCACCAGUGCCAACCCUUCAUUUACGGUGGCUGUAAAGGCAACGAGAACAACUUUAAAACCAAAGAAGCAUGUGAGGACGCCUGUCCGUUUCCAAGGAACCACCACUGCAAGCCAUGCAAGCCACGGCACAAGAUGGUGGCCAGUUUCUGUAAAAGCGAUUUUGUCAUUCUGGGACGCAUGACGGAGCUGACAGAGGACCAAGACUCCGGUCAUGCUCUGAUCACAGUGGAGGAGAUCCUGAAGGAUGAGAAAAUGGGGCUGAAGUUCUUUGGGAAGGAGCCCUUGGAAGUGACAUUGCAGAACAUGGACUGGGCCUGUCCGUGUCCUAACAUCACCACUGCAGAUGGUCAGGUCAUCAUCAUGGGUGAAGUGAAUAAUGGCAUGGCUGUCCUACAGCCGGACAGCUUCAUCAGCCUUUCCAGCAUCCGACGUGUCCGUAGGCUCCGUGAGGUCAUCAACAAAAACACCUGUGACAUUUUGAAAGAGUUCAUCCAAUAGGACUUUGCAACACAAUUAACACGUAAUUUUUCUUUAAAGAAAAAGUGCACCCGAAAAUGAAAAUUCUGUCAUAAUUUGCUCACCCAUGUUCCAAACCUUUAUGACUUUCUUUCUUCUGUGGAAUGCAAAACAUGUUAGGCAGAAUGUUAGCCUCAGUCACCAUUCACUUUCACUGGAUGGAAAAAAGAUGCAGUGAAAGUGAAUGGUGACUGAGGCUAACAUUCCGCUAGAUAACAAAUUUAGUCAUAUGGGUUUGGAACAACAAUGAGGGUGAGUAAAUGAUGAAAAAAUAAACAGUUUUGGGGUGAACUAUCCCUUUAAGAAAUGUCUGACAUGAUUUUCAUGAGAAUAUAAAAUAAUCAUGCUAUUGUUUUGAUAUUUUUCUUUUAAGAAUUUGUGUACAGUUAAGAAGGUUUGCUUUGACAAGGUUCAAAUUUGAGACUUACAAAUGUUUCUGCAGCUUGUUUUAAAAUGUUCACAACUUGAGCAACAUGGACUUAAAAGGUUAUAAGAGUUGCCCUUACAGUAUCCCCAUGUGAAAGAACACAUUUGUGGACAUUGGACGCAUUAAUCAAACCCAUCUGUUAGACUCUCACUUCCCUGACUUCAAAAGGAGCACCAUGCCUGCCCUAUAAAAUUACAGUAAUAGUUUACUGGCAAUGAUUUUUUUGGCACAUUUUUGUAAUGCUGUCUUAUUUGAUGAAUUUGAUCAGUUAACUUGCACCUUGCUCUCUGAUUUUUCCUCUGCUUUGUAGAACUCUUGUAAAGAUUUGUUGCUGUUUCAAAGCUGUAUAUUGAUUAAAUGACACGUCCAUUGUAUUAUACAGUACAAUUUACGUAAUGUACUUAGAUACAUUGUAUAAUAUUGAAGAGAAAGUUGAUUGCAGCAGCAAAAAUAACCUGUAUUAGCCCUGUCUUUUAAGUCAUACUUGUGUAGAGAAAUUUGAGUUUAUAUGAUUUAGCACAGACAGUCUUUAUUUUUUAAGCUAUUUAUUUUUUUUUUAAUUACUGAUGAACCAUCAGUGUGAUAAACCAAAAAGCUGACUGUCAUUUCUCAUAAGCACUUAAAUGUUUCUACAAAACUUUUUUUUAUAAUCUUUCUACAGUAGCUCAGUGUCUGUCUGAUUUGCAUUGUGGAAAUGAGACAAAAAUAAACAUUUGAACCUUGAA